AUGUUGAUGGAAACAGCUAAAACUGCUAUUUUGCAACAAGUGGAUUUACAUUUGAAGGAAGGAAGUACUCCCCAGUUACAUAGAGUUGUCAGAGAUGUGGAGAAAAAUGUUAAAAAUAGAAACUAUAGUGAUAAUAGAAGAAAUCGACGUGAUCACGGUAGUAUAAGGCAAAGUAACAAAGAAUGGAAACGUCAGGUCGGCGACAUUAUUCAUGCUUAUGGAGAAGUGAGUUUGAUGUUAUCAAAAAGCAAAAAUACUUUUUACAUACUUAUUUUACUACAAUUUAUGAAUAUUUUAUUAAAACGUUUUUUUUUCUUUAGGCUAGACCACCUGCUCAAGCCGCAUGCUGCGGUUGCGGAUACUCAACUCCAGGACCACCAGGUCGCCAAGGUCAUCCGGGUUGGCCUGGCGUUGCUGGUCGCCCCGGUCCAUCUGGUCGACCAGGACCAGAUGGCCCUCCACGUCCACCGCAAAACUAUAACAUUGAUUGGUGCUUUGAGUGUGCUAAUGGAGAACCAGGUCUUCCAGGAGGGCCUGGUCAGCCCGGACCACCAGGUCAACAAGGCUACCAAGGGUUUGAUUCACUGUUACAGGCUGAAAUUGGUCCUCCUGGUCCACCUGGGCCACAAGGAGUGAUUGGGGCUCAAGGGCCUUGCGGUGGUCAAGGAAGACCCGGGUUGCCAGGAAAACUGUUUGUUAUUGAAAAAGUUGGUCCAGUCGGUCCGCGGGGACCACCUGGAUCUAGAGGAUAUCCAGGAAGAGCUGGUAUUCCUGGUAGAAAUGGGGACGAACCUAAGAGAGGUAGGGACACUAACUAAUUAUUAUUUUUAUAUUGAACCUAUAUAUUAUAUCGCAUAUUUAUGAAAAACAUUAAAACUUUCAUUCUUUAAAAUUUUAGGACCGCCAGGAGACCCUGGUGCACCAGGAAUGCCUGGAAAUCCCGGAUUUCCCGGCCAACAAGGAUACCAAGGUGAAACCGGUCCAAGAGGAUCUUGCGCACAUUGUCCACCGCCCAGAACUGCUCCAGGAUAUUAA